CAUGAAAAUAGUAGAUUAUCUAUAGGCUGAUUUACUUCUGAAACAAGUUUAAAGUGUCGGAUUCUUGGGAGAUACACGAUCUAAAAUGUCUUCAGCUGCCAAUUGUGUGUUGCUAGCGUCUUUGUGCAUGUUCGGAACAGCGGCCUUUAGCCUAAAUGCACGGGCGGCUCUGCGCCCACGUAUUUUAGGAGGGCUUGAGGUCUCGAACCGCUGCAAGGCACCUUACAACUCGAUUGUGGCUCUGGAGUUUAUGUCAGGGGCGUCCCCGGUGGCCUUCUGCUCAGGACACAUACUGAACACUCGGAUCGUAGUGACCACAGCCUACUGCGUAGAAAAUCUGAGGAUGCUGGGACAAGCUGGUCUCCCAGUGUUCGCUGUGGCUGGUGAAAGAGAUUUAAUGGGCACUGACAGUGAGGAACAGAAGAUACCAGUAGCCAAUUAUAAGGCACACCCAUUAUAUAAUGACACAACUCUAGACAACAAUAUUGGCCUUCUGCAACUUGCCAUACCGGUCACGUUUGGAGCGUGCGUUCAGCCAUAUUCAAAAUAUGAGGAGGACCCCAACGCUUGCACUGACAUAGACAAGAGCUGCUUCAUGGUAGGAUGGGGGGCGUACACAGAGAGCUCCGCCUAUUUGAACUCGGCCAGACUAAGAGCGGCCGAUAUGGUGGUGUACGGUGAUUUUGUCUCAAGGAUAUUGACCUCAUCGCAACUACCAGCAGGUACCCUUGUAGUUGAGGGCGCCAAUAUCAAGAACAAAGCCUGUAUUUUUGAUUGGGGUGACCUGAUCGCUUGUAAGAGGAACAACAAGUAUGUGUUGCGGGGCUUGCUGUCCAGGUACAACUGCAUGACGCCAGACGUGCCAAUGUUGAUGACCGACGUUACGCUGUACGAUCUCUGGAUGACCCGCUGUGUCCAAGACUGGACCUCUUGUUAAAGUUGACCAUUGAGGGAAAAAACGACAACAACAAACAUGAAUGGGAACAACUUUUAUUAAGAUAUUGUUGACACAUGGAAUGAAACCGAGUCUCAAUAUAAACCAAAGAUAAAAUCAUUGAACGGGAUGAGAGGGGGGGGGGAUAGUUUUAUUAAUAGAUAUGUAAAAGUCUGAUCUUUGAUAUGAAUAAAAAUAAAUAGAAAAAUCUUUU